UUGAAUCGCCUCAGUUUGUUGUAUUGCUCUGCAGCAGUGCAGGUUUAAUUGAGUAAACACACUCUUCAGUCUGAUCACAGCUCGUGUGUUAGAACUGGAAACAAGCGGAAGACAUCCUGUAGCUACAUUUAGCUGCUAAGCUACAACAUCAGUGAUGGAGAACGACUCGGCUGUUCUUCAUGGGGCGUUCCUACUGGCUAACAAGCUUUGUCUGCCCUCAGCCCUGUCCUCCCUUCAGAAAGCUGACUGGAGCAGGGUGGGACAUCCAGUGGUGGAGGCCGUCAGAGAAAUCUGUGGACAGGAAGAACUCAACACAACAGCCUCCUGCUGGAAAAAGAAGAUAGUUUGUGUUGUGUGGUUGAAGCUGUUGUGCGGAGAGGCCGAAGAGGAUGUUGAGACAUCAUGGAGGGAGAACCCUUUCUUCCCUCUCCUGAAUGGCCUCCCUGAGGUCAAUUAUGUUGUCCUGCUGGAGCUGGUGAGGUCAUUGGCGGCUGCAGAUGUUUUUGCCAACUUCCUCCUGCGUCUUCCCCAAUCUCAGAUCUGUGUUGAGCUUGAAAGGCUGGUGCAUCAUGUGAAAAGCAACCCUACCAGAGAGGAUGAUGUGCGACUUUUCCUGGAGGUGUGGUGGGAACUGUGGAAGGGCAGAAAUUACCAGAAAGUUGGAGGAGAGGACAGCAUAGAGGCCAUGUUUGCCAGGCAGUUUGCUCGUCUGUCCUCUAUGUCCUCCAGUCUGUCCCCUCAAGCUGCCAAGAGGUUUAAGCUUGACACAUCAAAUCCGAUGACAUCAUCACCAGCCAAUGAUGUCCUGUACAUUCUCCUUCAUGCACUUAAAGACAUGAAAGAUCAAAUAACCUCAUCAGAUCUCUGUCUCCAAGCCCUCUCCAUUUCCCUUGAUUCUCUUUUCACCGCCUUGCUAAUAGCCCAAGAGGUCAAGCUUCCAACUAAAGAGAAGAUGCACAUGUUGUCUAAAGCUGUCAGCAUCAGAGAAAAGAAUGAUGGGAAGCUGUGUCCCGAAAUAAUUCAGGAGGCUCAGAGCGACUUGCGUGCCUCUCACACUCCGUCUCAGUUUAAACCCAGCAGGAUGACGCUUGGAGAAGCCUUGAAGAUUAUAACAGACCUCACACAGUUUUGGCUUAACAGCAAACUCCUGGCAGUAGAUGGCAGUACAAAUUUGAGCUACUAUACAUUUAGACUGGAACAGAGUGUCCAGAGAGUCCUCACAGCUCCAGAGGAAGCUGGUUUGCCUGAAACGAUGACUGAAAGUGAUGUGCAAAAGCCAGAGAUGAAUCUACUCAGAGGUUUGCUGGAGUCCCUGGUUUUCCCCACCAUAGAGACAACUCCCGAGAUGGAAGCAAAGGUCACUAUGAACAUCAUCAGUCAUCGUCUAGAGGACUAUCAGAGCUUUGCUUUGUUGUGUGCAAGUGAGAAAAGCUGGGCCUUCCCUGAUGAGCAGUUGCUGGACUUCCUGGAAAAGAACCAAUUAGCCUUCCAGCAGCACGAUACACUGCUCAGCCUGGCCUCCACCCUCAUGGCUACACUUCACAGCGAGGCUCCUAAUGUCAGACAGUGCAAGAAGCUGAUGAAAAUCACUGCAGACAUUUUCUCGGCUCUUCCGUUAGAAGACAAGAACAAAUCGUUGGCCACCAUGUUGAGAUUGUCCACCAGAGGGUUUUUGGGGCAUUCUGUUCCCUCUGCUGUGUCUGAUGGGUUUGAGCAGGAGCUCAACAUGGCGUUCAACUGCAUCAUCCAAGGAGGGGGCGGAGCAUCAGCCACGGUGUCGCUGGGCCAUCUGAAUACAGCGGCCGCUUUGAUAGCACGAGUGGCGUUUCAGAAUCCAGAGGCCGCUCUGAAGUCUUGUUGUCAUUCAGCUGUCUUUAACAAGGGGUCUUUCUCUCUCAUGGCUAAGAUACUCCAGCAGCUGCCUGGACUCAGAGGAGAGAAGAGAAGAGAAAAUGAAGCGGAAUGUAAUGAAAAACAGGCAAAGGGAAAUCGUGAUGAAGUAAAGAAUGAUAUGAGUGGUGGCCGUCUACUCUGCAAGUGUCUGCAGGAGACAAUCAAGACCAAAUCAUUGCUGGCCUGUGAAAAAGAGCAGCUCCUCAAGUUCCUGGAUCUGCUGAUGAUGCCGGUCAUAGCGGUCGAGGGAGAAGAAAGGAGGCAAUGCUUUCUGCCACCUCAGGAGGUCGUGAAUAUCUUUGUCCUGCCGAACCUUUCCACAGCGGGUCGCAGCUUGUUUGACACAGAACUGAGUCUGCAGCUCCUCCACACUGCUCUGGGUGCUGAUGUCCAGCAUCCAGUCUCUUCUCCCCACUGGCUGUUGGACUGUUCUCCUUUUCCUCUGCUGUACAUCCUCGCCCAGCUGCACAACCAGGCUCUCAGGUUUUGGGAACAGCCACUGGAGGGCACUGUCUGCCACUGGUCCAUGGACACCAAGGAGCUGCUGGAGUCGGUGCUGGCCACCCUGGCGCAGGUGGUUGGUGCAGAGGUGGCAGCGGCCCCCAGCAGCUGGUCCAGAGCUCUUUUCUGGCUCUACAACAAGAUGGAGGAACUGGACUGGGCAGUCAGGUUCCACCUGAAGCCCGUGUGGGGAGAACACUUCAAGAAUGAAGUUCCCUUGUCUCUGCUGACUGUGUGUGAUUUACCAGAGCAGGAGUGGUCCGGUUUGGACAUGCCUCAGUACAGCCAGGGCAGCGGCCUUUUGGCCUGGAUGGAGUGCUGCUCCAUAUCGGACUCCCUUCGGACGACCAUGUUGUCCUGUCUCUCUCUGGACCAGCGCCGGACUGACCAUGUCGGCAUGUUCAGCAAAGGCCUUCUGGUGGCUCUGACCCAGACUCUGCCCCGGUGCUCCGUCUCCCAGUGGUCCAGGCUGCUUGGGACCCUGAGGGAGCUGAUCACCUCCGGUCGCCUCCACGUUCCCUUUUCGCUCGAGUACGUGGACUAUCUGCCCCUAAUGGAUCUUAGGAGGUUUUCAUGUGAUCUCCGCCUGUCAGUCCUCCUGCUUCGAGUCCUUCAGCUGCUCUGCGGCUCCAGCUGCUCAGACUGGCUGUCAGCGAACGGCUGGGCUCAUGUUGGCAGGUUGUACGCCCAUGCUGUGAGAGAGAUGAUGAACUCGGUGAGAACCAAGCUGCCUCUUCCAUCAUCUGGUGCCUGGACGGCCUCUGCUUCAACACCUCCUAAAACACCAGCAUCCAGAGACUCAAAUCCUUCCUGCACGUCGGUCAAAGUUACCAAGCCGACCAUUGACUCUCCGAGUGAAGCAGAAGGCCUGAAAGAGUCACACGAGGAAGAGGAGGUGGAGACGACUCUCAGCCAGGAAGUCCUGUUUGUUCUCAGCCAGCUCUUCUGUCAUGUUCAGCACAUCCAGGUGAUGAUGCCAGGAGGCCGGAGUGAGCCGCUGUUCUUGUCCAGUUUGGAGAUCCUCAGCCACUAUGAAGCCGUCAUGACCGCGUUUCCAGAAAGCAGCAGCCCGCUGGAGAGUGACAACACCCGUCACUUCUUCACCACCAUCACAGACAACCUGGAGAGAGAGGAGAUGAAGGUUGUGCUGCAGCAGAAGAUCGCUCAGCUCGUCUCGGCAGACGCACGUUGAUUUUUUUGUUUUCACAUAUUUUCCACUGGGGAGUCACGGUUUAGAUGUUCAAACUCACGUCUGGAGAGUUCAAGACAAAACAAAGAUAUAAUUUCAGUUGUCAGUGUUGCUCACUGUAUUCAGUUAAUGAAGUUAUUGCAAAGGUAUGUUUUGGGAAUCUGAGUUAAUAAAAAAAACUA